UGUCUUAUCUCCCCUGGCAUCAGGAAUCAACUCUGCAUGACAAAAAAAAAGAAAGAAAAUCAGUAUGAGACGUCCCAUCACCACCCUUCCUCCUCUCCUCCUCUUCCUCGUCUUUCUGUGCCGGGGUCAGAGGUCAAACUCGGACAGCGACAGGCCGUCCUGUCAUCGCUGUGACCUGACUUUUUCGUGUAACUGCUCUCAUGCCCAAUUCAUCGUCGUUCCCAUGGUAACAGAUGACGCUCUGACUCUUGAUCUCUCCUUCAACAACAUUGUCAUGGUAACCGAUGACGACCUGAAAGGACAUGCUCGCCUGAGGGUGUUGAGUCUCCAUGCAAACAGACUGUCUGAGAUCCACUCGUCUGCAUUUGCUUCCCUGUGGAGUCUGGAGGAGUUAGAUCUGUCUGACAACGAGAUAAAAAUUAUAAACCACAAAUGGUUCCGAAAACUCGGAGCCCUGCAACGGCUGAACCUGCUUCACAACCCGUACAGGAGUCUGGGCCCACAUCCACUAUUCAAGAGCCUGGUCCAGCUCCGGAGGCUGAGCUUUGGUAGCGAUGCUCUGGAGGAGAUUGGCAGAGCACAUGUGUCUGGAAUCGAUCAGCUAGAGGAGCUCAGGGUGCAUGGAGACAACCUGAGGAGGUAUGAGCCUGGGGCUCUGGCAGAUAUUUGGCCGUUGGGUCAUGUAUAUCUGAGCCUCCACGGCCCAUUUUUAAACAACCAGUCUCUGGCUUCAGCCAUGCUUGGAGAUGUUUCAUACCCUGAGACGUGGGUCAUACUGGAAAACCUCCAUCUGGCCACCAGUCAGUCCCUUCAACCCUUCAGAGAGGCGGCGAAGAAAAGAAUCAGGUACCUGUCGCUGCAUAACGUCUCUAUCUCCGACCAGAGGGUUGUUGAGUUCCUGGUGGUAACGGAUGGAGUUCCACUCACCUUUCUUAAAUUUGACGGAGUCACACUGAAGGGUGAAGGCAGGUGGGAAAAGGCUUACCAGACGGAUCAUAAAGCCCUUGAUGAGGUCUACUUACGAAAUGUCAUCGUGCUGGAUGUUUAUAAAUUCGUCUCAUUUCUGCAGUUGGGUUUUCUGCUGCAGUACCCCAGAAAAGUGUCCGUCAUAAACGCAGGGGUGUUCGUGAUGCCGUGCGCUACGUCGUACCUGCUGGUCAACCUGCAGUAUCUGGACCUGUCCGAUAACCUGCUGACCGAUCUCACUCUGCAGGAGACGCUGUGUAACGGACGGGGGACGCUGAAGGACCUCCGAGUUUUGAACAUCAGUGGGAAUGCUCUGAAGUCUUUGUCCACAGUGAGUCAACUGGUAACAAAGCUCUCCAAACUGACUCACCUGGAUAUCAGCAGGAACGGCUACAGCUGGAUGCCCCAGAGCUGCCCCUGGCCCCCCACCCUGAGAUACCUCAACAUCUCACAGGCCAAACUCAACACCGUCACCCCCUGUCUGCCCGUUACUCUGCAGGUGUUAGAUCUAAGCAACAACAAUUUAAACUCUUUCCUCUUGGUCCUUCCUGCCCUGACGGAGCUCUACCUCUCAGGGAACAAGUUUCUGAUGCUUCCCCUUGGAUGGAUGUUUCCCAAUCUGCAAAUACUGAAUAUACAAUCAAACACCCUGACCAUGUUCAGCCUUUCAGACUUGGCCUCAUACAGUCGACUCAAGGACCUCCAGGCAGGCCAGAACAAAUUCGACUGCAACUGCGACUUUGUCAACUUCUUUCAGUCGGACAUUCAAAGACGCAAAGUUAUGCAUCUAUCAGAUGGAGAGGACACCUAUCUCUGUGACUCCCCUCUCUACCUGCAGGGGAGAGCAGUGGGUCGAGUGUGGCUCUCCAUAGUCGACUGCCAUCGGGUUUUGUUUGUGUCUGUUAGCUGUGGGUUGGCGCUCAUUGUUGGUGUUAUGGUGUGCAUCCUGUUGUGGCGACUUCAUGCAUUUUGGUAUCUUAAGAUGAUGUGGGCAUGGCUUAAAGCUAAACGUGGGUCCCAACGCCGACGUCGGAUCAGACAUGAAACAGAGCCAUUGCUAUCCUUUGAUGCCUUCAUCUCCUACAGUGAGAGGGAUGCUAGCUGGGUGGAGAACUUCUUGGUACCUGAGCUGGAGGAGCCAAGGAACACCAAUGAAGGUGACAUGGAUUCCACUCCCCUUCAGUCUCUGUCUCUGUGCCUCCACAAACGGGACUUUCUCCCUGGUCAGUGGAUUGUGGACAACAUCAUAAGUGCGAUAGAACGCAGCCGAAGGACCGUCUUCAUCCUCUCUGAGAACUUCCUCCAGUCCGAUUGGUGUCGCUACGAACUGGACUUCUCCCACUUCCAGCUCUUUGACGGCCACACCGAUAGAGAUGCUGUCAUCUUGAUCCUGCUGGAGCCGCUGAGCAGAGACGACAUCCCCAAACGCUUCUGCAAACUUCGCAAACUCAUGGGUUCCACCACUUACCUGGAGUGGCCUCAGGAUGACGACCGGAGGGCAGAGUUCUGGAACAACCUCCGAAAGGCUCUGCGAACAGUGGAAGAUGAAACCUGAGCAUAUCGGAAAGGAAUGGCAGAGAUGGAUAAAGGAUGAAAGCAGAGCAGGACAACAGAAAAAGAUGAUAAAAAGAAAAUGGCGAACAAGAAAAGAAUGACAAAGAACUAAACAUUUGGGAAUAUAACAAUUUUUGAGAUGAGGUGGAAAAGAAAUGGGGAGUAUUAUAAAAACCCUAGUGCUUAAAAAAUGUAAUGUUUUUGGCAAUGUAAAAAUGUACAGAUUCUUUUUAGCACAAAAGAAGAAAAAAACAUUCAUUCCCUUUUGUUGUGUUAAUAUUAAAGGGGUUACAUUUUGCUAAACCCACUUUUAUUAGCCUUUGGUACAUUUAUUUGUGUAUUUGAUAAAAAAGUUAAAAAACUUUGAAUUUUAACUCUCCAGGUGCUGCAAAACUAACUUUAUGUUCAUUCCGGCAAAAUUAUAAUAAUCUUAAUAAUACCAAUCAUAACUCCUAACUGUGGAACUGUUUCCACUUUAGAAAUACAUUUUGCUGUAUGCUGUUUUCUUCCCAGCAAUGUAAUAUAAUCUAAACAGGCAUGUUAUAUAUUAAAUAAACAACUGAAUAAAAGAAAUCAACUGUUGCUAUUUGUGCUGCAAAGAUGGGAUGUUAAACAUGGGGGAUCGUAUACCUUUUGGAUACUGCCCCCUAGUGGACAUUCGAGUUAAAACAGAUUUUGGAACCUCUGCAUUAGCUUCACUUUUCAUCCCUGAAGGUCUAGACCACAGGUGUCAAACAUGUGGCCCGGGGGCCAAAUCCGGCCCGCCAAAGGGUCCAGUCUGGCCCUAGGGAU